AUGGAUGAGUGGGCAUCGAACGCGGAGGCCCGCAUAGAGUUUGGGCGUAUAGGGCAGCUGAACCUUCUCUACACCCCACUACCAGGCAUUGUUACUCUGGUGGCUGCAUGCAGAGUACCCAAGCCGCCGCCUGUAGCUCGCCGGGCUGAGUUUGUGGGUGUUCCUUCUGCUGCUGGUACUGGUGCUGCUGCUGCUGCUGCUGGUGCUGCAGCAGCAGCAGCAGCAGCAGCAAGAGAUGCUGCUGAUGAUUGCUUCGAUAGAAUUUGGGGCGGCGAGCAGUCUCUCCUGUCUCCUUGUCUUUCUUUUUUAUCUAAACAAGAAGAAACAAUACAACAUAAAACACACUCUGCUGCUGCUGCUGCUGCUGCUGCUGCAGCAGCAGCAGCAGCAGCAGCAGAGGAAGCACUCAGCUUCGAUAGACUUAAACAUAUUCAGCUGCCCUCUAUUACCCUUGAUACUUCUGCUGCAGCAAACAAGCCCCCGCUGCAUGCAUCUGCUGCUACACAGCAGCAAACUCCUUUUCUCUCUACACCGCUGCAGCAGCAGCAGCAGCAACUGCAGCAGCAGCAGCAGCAGCAGCAGCAGCAGCAGCAGCAGAAGUUGUUGUCUCCUUACUCUUAUUCACUCCCCUCUGGACCCCCUCUCUCUUCUACCUGCCUAUACACCUCAAAGCCGCUGCAUGCAACCAGCAGCAAUCUGCUGCCUCCUGCUGCUCCUUUGCAUCUACUGCAGCAGCAGCAGCAGCAGCAGCAGCAGCAGCAGCGGAGGCUGCCUAUGGGGCCACCAGGUGUAUAUACACCUCAGCUAGCACCACAACUACACAUAUCUUCUCCUUCUGUUUUCUCUCCUUAUACACCUGCAGCAGCAGCACCCGUGCUGUAUACAACACAGAAGCAAACGCAUGCAGUGCCUCCACGCAGCAGCAGCAGCAGCAGCAGAGCAGCAGCAGCAACAGCAGCAGCAGCAGCAGCACCACAAUUCAGCCCAGCCUUCUUGCCUCCUACGCAUGCAACAACAGCACCAAGGCUUGGGGGGAUAUAUACUCUACCGCAGCAGCAGCAGCAGCUGCAGCAGCAGCUGCAGCAGCAGCUGCAGCAGCAACAGCAGCAGCAACAGCAGCAGCAACAGCUGCAGAAGUAG